CCCGCGGCAAUUGCCCUCAGAUGCAUAGUACUCGCACGCCGCGACGCCUCUGCUGAACAUUUCGCUCUCUUCCAAGAUAUUUUUUCCUCCCACGAUUCCUUCCUCCCAUCCCUGUGGGGAUUCAUCGGCUCAUCCGUACUAGCACAAGAUGUGCGAGGGUGUGCGGGCCGCCGGCGACGCCGCCGCCGCCGCCGACGUCGACGUCAUCACCUCCUCCGGCCGCCGGAGGAUCCCCGCGCAUUCCACUGUUCUUGCGUCGGCGUCGCCGGUGCUGGAGAGCAUCCUGCAGCGCCGCCUGAAGAAGGAGAGGGACGCCGCCGCCGGCGGCGGCAAGGUCCGCAGGGCCGUCGUCCUGAUCCGCGGCGUCACCGACGACGCCGCGGCCGCCUUCGUCCGCCUCCUCUACGCCGGCAGCAGUGGUGAUGAGGAGGAGAUUGACGAGAAGAGCGCGGCGCAGAUGCUGGUGCUGGCGCACGCGUACCGGGUGCCGUGGCUGAAGCGGCGGUGCGAGGGGGCGAUCGGGUCGCGGCUCACGGCGGAGUCGGUGGUGGACACGAUGCAGCUGGCGGCGCUGUGCGACGCGCCGCAGCUGCACCUGCGCUGCACCAGGCUGCUCGCCAAGGAGUUCAAGGCCGUGGAGAAGACCGAGGCGUGGCGAUUCCUCCAGGAGAACGACCCCUGGCUCGAGCUCGACAUCCUCCAGCGCCUCCACGACGCCGACCUGCGGCGGAGGAAGUGGAGGAGGAAGAGGGCGGAGCAAGGGGUCUACGUGGAGCUGAGCGAGGCGAUGGACUGCCUGAGCCACAUCUGCACGGAGGGGUGCACGGAGGUCGGGCCGGUGGGGCGUGCGCCGGCGGCGGCGCCGUGCCCGGCGUACGCGACGGCGUGCCGGGGACUGCAGCUGCUGAUCCGCCACUUCUCCCGGUGCCACCGCACCAGCUGCCCGCGCUGCCAGCGCAUGUGGCAGCUGCUCCGCCUCCACGCCGCCCUCUGCGACCUCCCCGACGGCCACUGCAACACCCCUCUCUGCAUGCAGUUCAGGAGAAAGGAGGAGGAGAAGGCGGCAGCGAAGGCGAAGGCAAAGGCCGGCGAUGAUGACGAUAAGUGGGGGCUUCUGGUGAAGAAGGUGAGGGUUGCCAGGGCCAUGUCUUCUCUGGGCAAGAGGAGGCAGAUGAGUUGCUCCCAGUGCUGAGCAAGUGCAAUCACAGCAUCAGCCUGAGACAGUCAAGAGAAGAGUAUUGUAGUAUAGAAGGGUACUACUAUGUAGUUAGGCAUAGUGCAUGAGUGUAUUGAAGUGAGCUAUUUUUUGGUUUGUUCAAGAUGGUUUGGUCUCUCAAGUUUGAGUUGCUUUACUGUCUUCAAUUUGUAGAGUUCUUUUGUGAGGUGAGAGAAAUGGGCUGAAAUCUGUUGUAAAAUUGCCUAUAUCGUAAAUAAACUUUUAAUAGUGAGGUAUAUGAUCAUUACAGUUUCAUA